UUUUCAUUGCUUCUUGUUCAACAAGCCACAGAUUCCUUUCUUUUAACAUACUUCUUCUUCUUCCCCCAAAUCUCCCUCACUUCUAGGGUUCACAAAACCCCCAAAUUCCAUUCAAUUCAACGAUUUCUUCACUCAAUUCUCUAUUCAAAAUGGAAGGAGAAGGUAGCUUGGAUUCUCAAAUCGAGUCACUGCUGAAUGUAGAGAAGCAGAUGAGGCUUAAUGGUGAUGUUGCUGGUACAAAGAAGGCAGCGAUCGAUAUUCUUCAACUCUGUUUUGAAAAUCGUGCUUGGAAGACGUUGAAUGAUCAGAUUGUUGUGUUGUCUAAGCGUCGUGGACAGUUGAAGCAGGCUGUAACUGCCAUGGUGCAACAAGCAAUGCAAUAUAUUGACCAGACCCCAGAUAUCGACACCAAGAUUGAGCUUAUCAAAACACUUAACAGUGUAUCUGCUGGGAAGAUUUAUGUUGAAAUCGAGAGAGCCCGAUUAAUCAAGAGGUUAGCUAAGAUUAAGGAGGAACAGGGCCAAAUAGCCGAGGCUGCGGAUUUGAUGCAGGAAAUUGCGGUGGAAACGUUUGGUGCAAUGGCAAAAACUGAAAAGAUUGCAUUCAUACUUGAACAAGUUCGUUUAUGUUUAGACCGCCAAGAUUAUGUGCGUGCGCAGAUCCUUUCUAGAAAGAUUAGUCCAAGAGUUUUUGAUGCUGAUAGUUCGAAAGAGAAGAAGAAACCGAAAGAAGGUGAGAGCAUUGUCGAAGAAGCCCCUGCUGACAUUCCGUCAUUGCUUGAAUUGAAGCGGAUAUACUAUGAACUUAUGAUUCGAUACUACUCGCACAAUAAUGACUAUCUUGAAAUAUGCCGGUGUUACAAAUCAAUAUACGAGAUUCCUUCUGUCAAAGAGGACCCUGCUAAAUGGAUCCCAGUUUUGAGAAAAAUCUGCUGGUAUUUAGUACUGGCACCCCAUGAUCCUAUGCAGUCAAGCCUGUUAAACGCAACUUUGGAUGAUAAAAACCUAUCAGAAAUUCCUCAUUUCAGGUCACUUCUAAAACAACUGGUCACAAUGGAGGUGAUUCAGUGGACUGGCUUGUGGAACACAUUUAAGGACGAAUUUGAAAACGAGAAGAACAUGUUAGGUGGCUCUUUAGGCGACAAAGCUGCCAAUGAUCUCAAGGAGAGAGUUAUAGAGCAUAAUAUUCUUGUUGUCUCAAAGUACUAUGCAAGGAUAACGGUAAAACGGCUGGCUGAGCUUCUGUGUCUUACCGUCGAGGAAGCUGAAAAACAUUUAUCUGAUAUGGUGGUAUCGAAAGCACUGGUGGCGAAGGUAGACAGGCCUAUGGGAAUUGUAUGCUUCGAGUCAACCAAAGACAGCAAUGACAUUUUGAACUCAUGGGCCACCAACUUGGAGAAGCUACUUGAUCUUGUUGAGAAAAGUUGCCACCAAAUUCACAAGGAAACCAUGGUUCACAAAGCUGCCCUUAAAGCAUGAAAACCGAUCUCGAAUUCUGUUUUUUUAUAUAAAAAAAUUAUAGCCGGCAGCAGGAAUCAGGUAGAACUGGGGACGAAAGCGUUUUAAUCCUAUGGUUUGUUUUCUUGUUAUUUUGGUGGUGUUGGUGUAUCGCAAACAAACACUGAUUCAACAGAGGCGUUACAAUGUAAUAUGUUGUACUUUUUUUUCAACUCUUUACAACUGACCUUCAUAACUUUUGAUUCGCUUUAAUUCA